CUCAAAAAGUCAGUUCAACGUGAAUGUCAGCGGUCCAAGAAGUAGGCCUAGGAUCUCAAAAACUACUUAGUUGGUUUAGCUUUCGUAUUUGAGUACUUAUUCAUGAAUAUCUUCUUUAUCACAUAACCAGCUCGAAUUGUAUGAAUUGAUAUUCGAUGAGUUGUACAGUUUUCUGCUUGAAACAUUUUGGGUAAGCACCUAUGCGACUAUCCGCUUGGAGAUCGGCGGGCACCUCGAUCGGAGCCGCCCCUCUGGCGGUGCUGCUCCAGCAGGCACAAUGUUGGUAAAUUCUAUUGGAGGCUUGUCCGAGCUGUAAUCCGGGACAGCAAGAAUCCACAACGCGAACGCACGCUCAAGAACAAGACCGGUCGUAUUCGACGGUGGAAACUACUAGGCACGCCGUCUCGAAACACCAGUGGGCUGUCAAAUAAGAGUAGUGACGAGUUGUUACGUCGUCGGAGAGGGGGCGAUCGUAGAAAGUCGUUGAGCCAUUUGCGUUUGGACGUAACACCGCGGACCAGCAAAAGGAGCUAUCUUCAGUGACAGUGAAGUAUCGAAAACCGUGAAAGAAAGAAUUUCGACUUCUCACUUACUACGUAGAAGGAAUUCCGCCGCUGAUUGUAUUUUUGUAGCUUAGGCCGAAAAAACAAGUGAACGAGAUUUAGUUUGUAAACGAGGCCUGCUGCAGCACUAGAGAGGAGCCUGCUUCGACAGACAUCGCGCCGAAUCAUAAACCGCGACAAGCGACUCAUCCUGUUCAAGAAAGCUGGAAGCACUGUACGGCUUCUUCCUCUUCUUGGCACCGAAAAGCUGUUCGUAAUUCGCGACGAAUCGCAAUCAACAAGGACAAGAUGAUCCGUCCUGGCAGUUCUUUGUCGAAGCAGAAAAAGCGCGUGAGCGUGCCUGCUGCGAAAGCCAAUCCUCCCGGCAAAAAGACAGAGGUACUUCUUUUUACAUCCAGAUUAGUACUAUCAGAGUAGUUUAUAGCACGCAUGGUGCAUGGAGUGCAUGGAGCGCAGAGCUUUAAGGGGCGCAAGAAGCUCCCCCUUUAGCUCCAUGCUACUCCAUGUGAUCCAUGCACUCUAUGCCGUGCGCGCUGUGAAUCCUUAUAAAUUGCUCUGUACUAUUAAUUCAGAUGUACAUUGUACAACUACUUACAACCUACUUCUACUCCGUCGAAGCCGUAUAUUGUCUGAUUUCUGCAUGCGCAUCAUGAUCAUAUAACGAGGUGGAUUUACAGAGUAGUCCUAUGCAUAGAAGAACCAUCUGAUUUGAUUGACUAUGAAAUACACAACUUCUGCGUAACUUAGUUGUCGCGUCCAAACGUCCACGAAUAUUUGGAAAAAUGCGAUUACGUUGGUGCAAUGACAAUACUGUCAUUCGACAAGAAGACAGGCGGAGAGAACAUACCGAUGUGGCUUGCCUACGCCGCGUUUCACAACGGGGACUACAAAGUCGCUCUUGAAAACUACGAGGAAAUCAUCGCAAAGCACAAAAGCGUGGGUAAUUUUCCAGAGAGUCUUCCACUUAUAAUAGGUAAAUAUAUUAAACAAUUUCAUCUGAAAGUAAUUAUUAAGUAACCUCCUCCUUUAGCAGGCUUUUUGUACGAUUUUCCCCGUCUCUCUGAGGUGUGCUGCAGAUCUAGACUGGUUUCUCCCUUUCUAUAAGGUUGAGGCUUAGGCUCAGCGGCGCUCAAAGCACUAAAUAAAACAACCGGUUAGUUUUUACCUCUAGAGUUUAGCCCUUUCAGCAACAUAUUAGACGCUCGGCGUCAAUCCUUCGUACGCUCACCACUAGAUCAUCAUCAUCAUCAUCAUUAUCGACUAUUUUUGAGUCUCGCUGUAUUCUGUAGAAAUUUAUUUCAGGAAAAACAACGACCUACAAUCUAGUCCUUUCCUCAUUAUGUCAGGAAAAACCUUCGAUCCGGCGAUCCAUCUGUAUUGUGCAUGUUGCCACUAUGCGCUGACGCAGUAUGAACAAGCGGAAACCUGUGCGCAUUUAUGCGAUGUUGACAGUCCCCUGAAGAGAAGGAUACUUUUUCACGUCGCACAUAAGCGCAAUAACGAGUCACUUAUGAUGCAGAUGCACUCGACACUAGGGGACUCCUGUGAGGACCAGAUGUACUUACUUACAACGCAUCUGUACAUAGAUACCUCUACCUGACGGACAGAGAGGUUCUUCGUUAACCUUUCAUUUCCUAUAUAUUGAUAUAUAUAUAUAAUAUCCUUUCAUUUUUUUUUGAUUAAGAAAAAAAAUUCGUUCUUGAAUAAGGAAGUAUUUAUACUUUCGAUUUGUGAACAUAAUUUUGGUUAAUUCUACCACAGGUGCCUUGCAGCAGUGCAGUUUCUUCGCUCGCAUUUUCAGGAGGCUACUGAUAUCUACAAGCGGAUCUUGGUGGACAACAGGGUUAUGGUAUAAUGCGUGAGCCACUAGGAGCUAGGUUCAGGUUCUUCAUAGUCCUCCUUGAGGAAUGGUUUGCUGAGCGUACUUAGAUCAUCCAACGGAGCCUUUAACGACAGCCUCACCACACGUAUGUGCUGUGUAUAAUUGUCCCAGACGUAUCGUCUUCUGGUCUCUGAAGAAGGUCAGGCACUCGCGAUAUGGAUAUCAGGUCCGCCUCAGGGUUCUCUUUCUAAUCAUGAGCAUCUAGCAAUCAACGUGUAUAUAGCAGGUUGCUACUACAAGCUGGACUACUACGAUGUGGCGAUCGAGAUUCUGCAGACCUACCUGGCAACGCAGCCGGACAGUAUUACUGGCGUGAACUUGAAAGCUUGUGCGCACUACCAGUUGUACUUAUGCCUGGAAAAAUGCUGGGUGAAUACAAGUUUUAAUCAACAUUUUCGCUCGAACGAACCUACAUGAACAACUAUUCCUCGGCCCUAUCAAAGAAUACAAUAUAGAUAUAUAGCAGGAUUCUCGUUUCCACCUCGUUGUUAUCGUUGAUCCGAUUGCGCUCUUGUUGAGGAGUACUUCAGGAUCAUCAUUCUCAACUACUUAUCAUCUACGUCUAGAAAACUCGACUGAAUUGAAAAUAGUUUCUCCCAAGGAACAAGCACUCAUUAGAUUUCUGUGGUCGAUCAUCGAUCCCGUUCCCGUCUUGCGCUUCCUCUUUCAUAUCGCAAUGGGAAAGCAGCAGAAGCUGAGUUGAAGGUGUUACAGCAGCAGACCGAUACUGCGGUAUUUCAAGACCAUGACCUGUUGCGGCAUAACAUAUGCGUCUUUCGAAACGGCGAAAGCGCGAUGCAGGUGCUGCCGCCACUCCUGGACGUAAUUCCAGAGGCCCGACUGAAUCUCGUCAUCUAUUAUCUGAAGUUCAGCCAGGACUACGAGGAAGCCUAUAACUUGAUUAAAGACCUCGAGCCCUCUAUUCCUCGGGAGUACAUACUCAAGGGUGUGGUCUACGCCUGCUUAGGUACUUACAAGAACGUGGCUCUUUGACAGGAUGAAGACAAACUCUAAGAUCUUGCCGUUGAUAACCUUUUAUUUAAGUACACCUUGUUGACUGGUGCUCUAUCUACUUUGAUCAUGAAGCAAAUGAAUUUUCAGAUUCUCGUCUGUUUGACGGGAACCCUAUUAUUCGAUUUGAAUGACUGUGUAAGUUGUUGAAAAAAUGCACCACGAAGACCACGAUUGGAGGUACAAGAAUUUGUCAUAAACCUUAACUUGAAGCCGUUUCUUUCCCUCGUUCUUGUCAUCUCCUAGGUCAAAAAACGGGGUCGCGGGAGCAUUUGAAAAUCGCGCAAGGGUUAUUUCAACUGGUGGGAGCUAGUGCCUCUGAAUGCGACACGAUACCCGGAAGACAGUGCAUGGCCAGCUGCUUCUUUUUACUAAAACAAUUUGAGGACGUCCUAGUCUACCUGAAGUCCAUCAAGGCCUACUUCUCAACUGACGAUGACUUCAACUGGAAUUACGGUACUAGCUAUUUUUUGACUUCUUGUGCAUUUUUUUUUGAGCUCUACUACGAAGGUCGAGCGGCUUAGAGGGUGCAAAAACAGCAUAGAUUACCUAGUACUAAGUGCAGCGAAUAAAUUCUCAGGUAUGUUUAAGUUCAAUGUGCAAGCCACUUAUGUACUGAUAUUGUAACUUUCAUUUCAGCCACGAGACCUCUCGCUCUCUCACUUGCCAAAAAACCAAGUGUUUUUUUUUAAACAAGUUGUAUGUUAUAUUACAUAGAGGAUGAAAUGCAACGAACUCUGAAGUUCUUCAGGUAUCACCUGUGCCAAUGUUGGAGAGUAUAAGGAGGCAAAGGAGGCCUUUCAGAUGAUACAGACGGAAAAGUAUAGAAGUGAGUUCACCUUCUUAAGCUGGCUCGCACGAUGUUACAUCAUGAACGGCGAACCUCAGUAUGCCUGGGAGACGUACGUGCGCAUGGACACCAAUAACGACAUUAUGAUUGAUUUUGAUAUUUUCGAACGAAGAACAAAUUGGACCAGACAGUGUAGGAGGUGUACCCUUUGAAAUAUUACAGCUUCUUGUCAAAAAUCAAGAGAAGGCUACAACUCAUCGAUUGAACCCCUUAAAUAGCUUUACUUUUUUCGCUCUAUCAAAACAAUUAAAAACAGGAAGAUUAAAAUUAAAUGUGUUGAAGUUGUAAAGAGCUCAGUCAUGAUACUUAGCACACAUGCUGGCGAUACAACUUCUAUGUCCACCUCCACGUGGUCGUGUAGGAUCCGGCAGUGUUCCCAUUUUCAUGUUGCGUUUCAACCUGCUGCACGUGAUCGCAAAUGACUGCUACAAGAUGGGGCAGUUUUACUACGCGUGCAAGGCUUUCGACGUACUUGAACGGCUGGAUCCGGAUCCAGAGUUCUGGGAGGGCAAACGCGGUGCCGCAGUCGGCGUUUUUCAGCAGGUAGUGGCGGGUAAAGAAACACCUGAACGUCUGCAGGAGGUGGUCAAUUUUCUCCGGGCGACGUCAAACCCGCAGGUGGAGUACAUCAUCAAUCGCGUCAUGAAGAAGUGGGCUAAAGAAAACCGGGUCAGGCUAGAAUGAUGAAGCCCUCUAGGCUUAUGCUUUUUGAGCUGUCGUUCCUUCAAUUGUUGAAUCCUUCUUAAGUACUAGACAACAAAAAUCCCCAGUUCGUUGUAUUCGCAGAUGCUGGCCUGGCUGAGUUCUGUUCUAUGCUCACGCUCUAUUCUUAUCAGCCUAAGUAGAAACUACUAUUCGGGAUCUUCAUUCCUUCUUGUCGUAGCUAAUUUUAGUCUUUUGCGUCUCUAUGUGCGUCAGCGUAAUAUUUAUCACUUCUUUUGUAAGUGCAACUGCGCAAGUAUCUGUAUCGUCCAUGUUCUAGCGCAGCACUUCGAUUGGUUUUGUGGACUUGGGGAUGACAGGAAGCAAAACGGCCUGAAGUAGUAGUCGGGUAAUAUGAACAUAAUUUUGCAACAUCCGGUGGACUAUACCAUCGGAAAUGUCGUGAUUUAUGAUGUACAUGUGGAUGUGAUAUCCAAGUUGGUACUCGUAAAGUCACAAAAGACCACAAAUACAGAUACAGAAGAUACACACUGAUGCAGCCGACCCCGUCGAAUGUCCAAACAGGAGACUCUCUCCGAUGAAUACUUUCAAGCGAACAAACAUAUUUAUAAUUGAGUUUGAGCUUGAGGAAUACACAUACGACCAGGCCAGAUCGACAGAAAAAAAUACGAUUGCGCAGAACCAGGGUACAGGAGUCG